AGAGAGAGAGAGAGAGAGAGAGAAUCUAAAAUCGAAAGAGAAGGAAGCGCCGUCGUGAAAGAUGAGGAGACACCACCGGUGCGUCAUCGAAUCGGAGAGCAGCGAGAGCGGAUCCGAAUCGGAUUCCGACACGGCGAUGCGGUGCAUCUCUUGCCGGGAGGAGUAUCUCCCUCGCGACGCAGGCACCUGCAAGGAAUGCUACGUAGAGGCCGGCGAGACUGAGGAAGAGCUCAAACGCGAGAUCGAAGACCUUAAAGCCAAAGUUACUUUCCUUCGCUUAUCAUCUUCUCUCGACCAUGGUAACAGCUCCUCCAGGUCCUUCACUGAUCUUGUCCUCAUUGCCUCCGAUGACUCCGCCGGUUCACCUCCUGUUCCUGCUCAUAAAGCCGUUCUGGUGAGUCGUUCCCCAGUCUUCAGAGCAAUGCUUGAGAAUGAAAUGGAAGAGAGCCGUAGCGGCACAAUUAAGAUAAGCGACAUAUCUUAUGACACUCUUCGAACCUUCGUCUAUUAUCUCUACACAGCUGAAGCAUGUCUUGAUGAGAUAAUGGCAUGUGAUCUUUUGGUCAUGGCAGAGAAAUACCAAGUGAAACAUCUCAAGAGUUACUGUGAGAAGUUUUUGGUAACCAAACUCAAUCCGGACAACUCUCUCAUGACCUAUGCCUUUGCCCACCAGCACAACGCAAAACAUGUGCGUGAUGCUGCAUUGUUGCAGAUCAUAGAAAACAUGGAGAAGGUUACCAAAAGAGAGGAAUACAUAGAGCUUGUGGAAAAGGAGCCUCGUCUUAUCGUUGAAAUCUAUGAAGCCUAUCUCUCGAAACAAGUUAACACGGCUGCUGGAGGAACUAGCACAGCCAAAAGUUGAAAAAUUUUCAUCAAGAAGAAGCAAGUUGUAGUUUUCAUUUUUUUUUUGUUUUCCCGUUAGGCAUAGCAUGGGUCAGGUCAGCAGAAGACCUCUCUGUGAAGCACUAGAAAUUUGAUGUAUUGAAUACUCAAAAUUGUUGCAGGAAGCAUCUUUAAUAUCAUUUCAUCACGUCUCCUUGAUCCUG